AUGCGGUUUUAUGCCAGCCUUCAGGCUGAGGAUGGUCAUUGGGCUGGUGAUUAUGGCGGGCCGCUCUUCCUGCUCCCAGGUCUCCUCAUCACUUGCCACACUGCAAAGAUCCAGCUGCCGGAAGGGUUUCGGGAAGAGAUGGUGCGCUACCUGCGCUCUGUACAGCUCCCAGAUGGCGGCUGGGGCUUGCACGUGGAAGACAAAUCGACAGUGUUUGGCACAGCACUGAACUACACUGCCCUGAGGAUCCUGGGGGUCGGUCCGGAUGACCCAGAUGUUGUGCGGGCCCGUGUCAACCUGCAUAGCAAAGGAGGUGCUGUGGGCAUCCCUUCAUGGGGGAAGUUUUGGCUGGCUAUCUUGAAUGUUUACAGCUGGGAUGGGAUGAACACUCUUCUCCCAGAGAUGUGGCUGCUCCCUACGUGGUUCCCAGCCCAUCCGUCCCGGCUGUGGUGUCACUGCCGCCAGGUUUACCUGCCCAUGAGCUACUGUUACGCCAAGCGUCUGUCAGCAGAAGAGGAUGAGCUUGUACAGAGCCUGCGGCAGGAGCUGUACGUGCAGGACUAUGCCAGCAUAGACUGGCCAGCCCAGCGGAACAACGUGGCUGCCUGUGAUGUGUACACGCCGCACAGCUGGCUCCUGGGGGUGGCAUAUGCCAUCAUGAACAUGUAUGAAGCCAUCCACAGCACCUCCCUGCGGCAGCAAGCUGUGGCAGAGCUGUAUGACCACAUCAAAGCUGACGACAGAUUCACCAAGUGCAUCAGCAUUGGCCCGAUUUCCAAGACCAUCAAUAUGCUGGUCCGCUGGUUUGUGGAUGGGGAAGACUCCCCAGCUUUUCAGGAACACGUCUCCAGGAUUCCAGACUAUCUCUGGCUGGGCCUCGAUGGCAUGAAGAUGCAGGGGACAAAUGGAUCCCAGCUCUGGGAUACUGCCUUUGCUGUCCAAGCCUUUCUGGAGGCAGAAGGCCAGAGCAUCCCUGAAUUCAAGUCCUGCCUCCAAAACGCCCAUGAGUUCCUCAAGUUCAGCCAGAUCCCGGAGAAUCCACCUGACUAUCAGAAAUAUUAUCGCCAUAUGAACAAGGGUGGCUUCCCCUUCAGCACCCGGGACUGUGGCUGGAUUGUAGCUGACUGCACGGCAGAGGGGCUGAAGUCAGUGAUGCUGCUGCAGGAGAAGUGCCCCUUCAUAACUGAGCGUGUCCCCUCUGAGCGCCUCUUUGAUGCUGUGAAUGUGUUGCUGAGCAUGAGAAACUCUGAUGGAGGCUUUGCCACAUACGAAACAAAGCGAGGAGGUCGCCUGCUGGAGCUGCUGAACCCCUCGGAGGUGUUUGGUGAUAUCAUGAUUGACUACACCUAUGUGGAGUGCACGUCAGCUGUCAUGCAGGCACUGAAACACUUCCACGAGGUGUUCCCUGACCACAGAGCCCCAGAGAUCAGAGAAACACUGCAAAAGGGUCUGGACUUCUGUCGGAGGACGCAGCGAGCUGAUGGGUCGUGGGAAGGGAGCUGGGGCGUUUGUUUCACCUAUGGCACCUGGUUUGGCCUGGAGGCGUUUGCCAGCAUGCAGCACACGUAUCGUGAUGGGACUGUGUGCAGAGAGGUGUCCCAGGCGUGCCAGUUCCUGCUCUCUAAGCAGAUGGCAGAUGGUGGUUGGGGAGAAGACUUUGAGUCGUGCGAGCAGCGCGUGUACGUGCAGAGUGCCACAUCGCAGAUCCACAAUACAUGCUGGGCCCUGCUGGGACUCAUGGCUGUCAGGUACCCUGAUAUCAGCGUGUUGGAAAGGGGUAUCAAAGCAUUGAUUGAUAAACAGCUGCCUAACGGGGACUGGCCUCAGGAGAACAUCGCUGGAGUGUUCAACAAGUCGUGCGCCAUCAGCUACACCUCCUAUUGCAACGUCUUCCCCAUCUGGACACUGGGGCGUUUCUCCCGGCUGUAUCCUGACAGCCCUCUGGCUGGGCAGCUGCUGUCAGGAUCCUCCUCUGGGGCAGGAAGAACCUUAGAGAAGACCUUGUCUGCCUGAGCCUGGGUCGCUUCAGACGCUGGCUUCCAAUUUCUUUGUUAUUGUACACCAUGUAGCAGCACGAGGCUCUUUCCUACUGCAGUUCUUGCUGCAGCACUGGGCCACUGCCUCUUCCACAGAGGAGAGUGUCACCAUGGUGCCGCUGGGUUUUCCUUCACUUUCUGUUGAACCUUUUUCUACGAAUCAGCUUUUAGAAAGACUCUUGCUGGGUAUAUCCUCCCGUACAGGACACAGGGCCCAAAAAGACAUAGGGAUCAAAUUCAUGAUCUGAGAAGGCAAAGUUGCCCAGCACUAUUGUGUUAAAUAUCUAGGCAGACUUGAUCUCUCAUCCUGAGUAAGGCAAAGCUGUCUUUGUCUUUCCCUUGUGCUGUCCUGGCUCUCUCAGGUUGGCUGUUUGCUGCAAGGGUGUGUGUGUUUUGGCCUUUCCCUGUGCCAGCAUUGCAAUGGGGUGCACUGUGUGCCCUGCUGAACCAGCCUCUGUUGAGUGGGUGCCCAAACCUGCCUUUGAAGUGCUGUCUGCUCUGACACCAUCACUGGGAAGGCAGGCAGGCAUCAAUGGGACAUUAAAAACAAGAUGGAAAGCACUGAAGGAGGAGGCUCAUGGCUCAGAUCUUGGGCUUCAGCCUUCCCC